AUGGAUAAAGAUAAUAAGGAAAGAUUGGAAGCGAUGGAUGAAGAUAAUAAGGAAGGAUUGGAAGCGAUGGAUAAAGAUAGUAAGGAAAGUUUGGAGGCAGUGGAUAAGGGAAAUAAAGAGGCAACGAGGAAGCAGGGUCUGUCCGCAGUUAAUAAUCGAAUUGGAGGCUUCACGGAUUCCGCCACCUCAGCCUACGACUCCACCGAUGGCCCCUUCGCUGCUCGCAACCCCGCCACGGUCGCCCCGCCUGCUGUCGUCGAAGUCGCCGCUGCCAGUCCGGUUAGCUGCAUGGGACGGGCGCCUCUCACCGCCACCACGGCCCACCUGCGGCCACUGCUGCCGCCGCCACCACGUUCCUCCGUUUUGCCGGUACCGAUGGCCGCUGAUGCUGCUGUCACGCCGCCGCCGCCGCCCCCGCCGGCCCCGCCGCCGCCGCCGCCCAUGGAGGUCGUUGCUCCACCUGCUCAUCCGAGCAUACCCAGUGGCGGUGCGCAGUUUUCCACCAGCAAUUCAGGGUCGCAAGUGGAUAGCACAGCUCAGUAG